GUCAAAGACUAUUCUUGGUUGUGAGGCAAUACAAAUUUCCCCCGCCCCAGUCCACGCAGAUUCGGUUUCAGUAUGGAUGCAAUCUUUCACGAGAAGCAAGAAGGUUCUCUUUGCGCCCAACACUGCCUCAAUGCCUUAUUACAAGGCCCUUACUUAAACCCAGUGGUUCUGGCGGAUAUAGCGACACAAUUGGAUGAGCUUGAGAGAGCAAGAAUGGCAGAAGGAGAUGUUACAUCACAGGAUUAUCAAGAAUUUAUUAAGCAACCUUCUUCAAAUAUGGAUGACAGUGGAUUCUUCUCCAUUCAAGUUAUAUGCAAUGCACUCAGAGUGUGGGGGUUAGAGCUGAUACCAUUUUUGAGUCCAGAGGCCAGAGAGGCACGAGAAAAUCCUCAGUACCAGAAAGCUUUUAUAUGUAACUUACAACAACAUUGGCUGACUAUACGAAAAAUUGGCCAUCAGUGGUUUAAUCUUAACUCUCUGUUGUCCAAACCAGCGCUGAUAACUGAGACAUAUUUGUCACUAUUUCUUACCCAAUUACAGACAGAAGGUUAUUCAAUAUUUGUUGUGAGAGGAAAUUUACCAGAGAGUGAAGCAGAUCAACUUUUGAAGCUUUGUCCAGCUGAGUCACAGAAGAAACCUUUUACAACGUCUGCACACAAAUUGGUGGACAAAACAGAUCUAACAGCUGCGCUUCAACAGGCCAGUGGUGUUGUAGGAGGUGAUGAUAAACCAGUUGACAUGGACGCAGUUCGGAGAAAACGAGAAUUGUAUUUUCAAAGACAAAACCACACCCAAGCCAACAAUCCAAAUACAGAACAAACCUCAGAGACAGCAGAUACAUCUCAAGAAACUGUAACAACACCUGGUCCACCAGCUGAUCAAGAAGAAUCGUCAGAAUUAUCAGAGGAGGAAAUGCUUCAAAUUGCUCUCAAGUUAUCUCUUGAAAUUACAUAGUGAGGAGUUUUUCUUGGAAUCUGUCUCUUUUUUGUUUCUUUAUAGUAGUAACUGAAGGAAUAAGGAGUGAAUGUAUGUUUAAAAAAAAAAAGAUAGCUAAGUUUUCAAAUUUGUACAAAAUAACAUUACAUAAAGAACUUCUUUAGACUUAGGACCAAUUUGAUUGGAAUUUCACAUCCCAACAUACUUUGCACCUUGGGAGAGGAGGUUUCUCAGAGAAACAAUUUCUUACCUUAAAAAUUCACUGGAAACUGUUUUAAUUUCAUCAUGGAGAGUACUGCAAUAUUUUAUUAAGUAGAAGGUCUCAGGAUACACCUCACAACCUACGAACAUGGUCAAAUCUUUGAACAGAAAAUCCCUUAUUCCCCUUCAUUAGUUCACACAAGAGGCUUGUCGAUCCUCUCUGAGUUCACCCCAAAGGGAUUUUUACAAAUAAAGGCAUGUAUAUUGGGAAAUACAACA